UCUGCCACCAGCGCUCAUAGCAAGCGUAUGUGUCGUCGCAAAUAAAUAGCUCGAGUCGAUAAAAAACCGCGAUAAUUCAAGUGCUGUGUACCUAACUUAAAAACGGAUUUUAUUUGUGCCGUGGACCGGCGAGUUUCUUUAAAUUCAAAGAGCCAAUAAUGUCCAAGCAGUGAAAAAACAAUCAAAAUGGCGAGCGUCGGCGCGGUCCUUCUGGAGACCAGGCCUUUCAGGCCCUUUAAGUCCUCCGAGGAAUACUUAUAUGCUAUGAAAGAGGAUCUGGCAGAAUGGCUGACAGUCCUCUACCCUGAAUUACGGAUAAAUGCUGAUAAUUUUCUUGAUAGAUUGGACACUGGCGUCGCUUUGUGCAGGCACGCGAACGCAGUCCGCGAGUCAGCAAAAUUGAUCAUCGAAUCACUGAACACAGAGACAGAGGAGGCCAUCACCCUCGCUAGGGCCCUCCGCUCCCGGCCUCCCGUCAACAUGCUCCCCGCAGCAAAAGCCGGCACCUUCUUUGCCCGAGACAAUCUCUCCAACUUCAUAGACUGGUGCCGUAAAGCCCUUGGCAUUUUGGAAUGCCUCUUAUUCGAAACUGACGACUUAUGCUUACGAAAGAACGAGAAACAUGUAGUGCUGUGCCUUCUAGAAGUUGCCAGAAAGGGGGCAGUGCUUGGCAUGCCAGCACCACUGCUAGUACAGAUGGAAAAACAGAUUGAGAGGGAAUUGGCUGGAGAGGAGUUGAGACCAGACGAUUCUGCGUUAGGUCUGGUACCGUCUGGACCACAGCCGCAAUUGGUGACCAAUGACUUGAGGAGUUUAGACGAGAGAGUCAGGGAUUUGGUUGAGAGAUGCUCCUGUCCUACGCAGUUCCCUAUGGUCAGGGUUUCGGAGGGAAAAUACAGAAUUGGCGACACUAGGCUGCUUAUUUUCGUUCGGAUCCUUCGUUCCCACGUGAUGGUACGCGUCGGGGGUGGUUGGGACACCCUCGCCCACUACCUCGACAAGCACGACCCUUGCCGCUGCAAGGCGCAGCACCGCACCUCCCUCUCCGCGCGUCUAGCCAGACCAAAACACGAUCUAGCCGGCGCUACUGUCACCUAUGAACGCCCAAGCCAAGACACACAGACCUACAAAUCCUACGAACCGAUGUCCAUGCCGUACCAGUCUAAAGUCUAUUCUGAAGAACCGAGAAGCCUGCAGUACCACUCCAAUAACAAGCUAGAUGCACCCACCAGUCUACCAUACAUGGACAUGGACAGAGCGGCCAGUCCGAGCAGAAAGCACUUAGCACCCAGGACGCACAGUCCAGGGAGGUGUUCACCAUCACCAGACAGGCGAACAAAGAUUGUAACAACGAAUCAUCUGGUGCCGACGCCUUUAGGGGUUAGGAAUAAAAGUCCCAGGCCGUUGUCUCCCGCGCCGGCUGUGGAGAGCGCGUCGGAUAAUGGGUCGGAGGUGUCGGACGAGGGUUACAGGAGCCUGGGGGUCGUGGCGGGGUCCACACAGGGGUCGCCGUCCACAAAGACGACGAAUCGGUACUCGCUGCACAGUCAGAACUCGAUGGAUGACGCUGAUUUUAGUGAGCGUCUCGACCAUGACGACAGCUGCUUAGACAAGACAGAUCGGGUCGACGACUACGUGAGCCUCAACACUGGUUUGCGCAAAACCGACUUCUCCGAUACCUUCUACGGUGGAAGGAAGGCAAGCUCAGAGGAGAAGUCGAACCGCGCGAGCCCUGAGUCUAUUGUCAGCCACGAAAACAACGAUUCGCCAAGCAAAAGCCUUCGAGCGACGCGCGAAUUCACCGAAUCCCCUACGAAAACGAUUCGAAGCCGACAAGCCAGCAGGAUCCCCCAUUCCCCCAUUAGAAAUAGAACUCCCAGCCGAGGUAAUACUCCCAGCCCUAAACAUACGCCAGCUCAAUCAUCCCCAAAACUUACUCCUAAGCUACCGCCUACAGCGAGAAAUACAUGGGGAGGUAGAACUGCUCCAAACCAAGCGAAAACAAAAGCCAGGCCUACAAUAGGAGCAGAUACCUUCGAGAAUCCAAACAAAUCGCCGAAAGCCAAACCGAAGGCGCAAAACGAGGCGUUUAAAAGGAAUUCUCCUUUAAGAGCGAGCAGUGCGACCCUCCGGUCUCCUUCACACCAGAAGCCGUUAAGUCCGCUUCUCGAACAGAUUUUGCGUUCAGCGGAAACUGCGAAGGAUGACGCUACAGUGCUGGAGAAAAUGAAGGAAAUUAUUAGAACAUAUUCGAAAGGAGAAGACUCACUGUCGAGGACGAGUUCAAAAGAUUCAGAUUACGCAGAUUUCACAUCAGCCUGGGUUAUGUCUGAUGGAAAAUUAGAGAGGUCGACGAGUACUAGGCAACUCGCCGCGCCCAGAAAGGAUCGUGGCUCAGGUGCUUCUAGGAUACCUGCCCCUGUUUCGAUUGGCUGCAGGCGGUCAACCUCCACAUCCCAAUUCCCUUGACCUACUCCGGGUCCCCGAAAAGACUGAAUUUAUAUUCGAAUCCAGUUUUAGUGUUAGUGAUUGGAUGUUCAAAGUGAACAGGAGUGUUUAAAUUUAUAUCAUGACGAUAUUUUUAGGUAAACGACACAUUAUCGCUACCAUAUCUAUUUCGAUAAGUAGUGUUUUUAUAAGUCUAACGUAGUACUAAUUGUUCUUUAUAGAAAAUUUGUACUAACAUUGACAUAACACAUUCAAAAUUGUGAAGUGGCACCUAUUUGUUUAGUGGUGAAUUAUUAUAUGAAAAUGAAAAGAAAAAAAUAUGAAAGCUCGUAAUUUACCACAAAACAUAUAGGUGGGUCGUAAAAUUUCUAACAAUUAUGAUGUUAUGACAAAGAAAAAUUAGAUGGUGCUAAAUUUAGGUUAUUUAAAGCUAUUUUAAUUUUUUACUGACAAAGUUGUUGACGUUGCAAUGUUUCAAUACAUUUAAGUAUUCAACCAUUACAAUGUUUUACUUUAUGUAUGACGAUUUUAGUUAUGUUAAGUUACUAAUGUUAGUUUUAAGUUAACCCGGCUUUUAAAAUUAUUCCCUACGAUUGGCUCAAGUUAGCUUUUGCAUUUAAAAUGUCAUUCCAAAUGCGCCGGGAUUUUGGCAAUUUUUUCUACUUUUUCAGUAAUCUCAUUUAUUUCUGGAUGAUAAAGUUAAGAUAGAAAGAGAGCUUAUGAUUUGGUAGAGAAGAUAGGAUACAAUGCUUUAUGGACACAGCAAAUAUACAUGGAGUAGCGGAGUUUGGUUCCUUUACCCUAUAAUUGUUGUGUGCAUAGAAAUAAUAAAAUUUGUAGUAAAUUUAAAAUUUUGAUGCACUUUUUGAAAAAAAAGUAUAUAGAUUAUAACGUAGAUCACAAAUCGUACCUCAGUAGUAUACCAGGGCAAAUAAAUAUUUUUCCACACUAUGACUCGUUAACACAACCGUCCAUAAAUACAAUAUGGAGUAGAUGUCGUUUUCGUUCAUUUCAAUGGAUAAUUUAAUGUUGAAUUAAAUUAAUGUCCGAAGCGACGAUCGUGUGUUGUUUACUAUUUAAAUGUGACCACAGCCUAGCUAAUAAAAAAGACAAAAAUAAAAACAACUGUCAAAACUGUCAAAAUUCAAUUGACUCUUUUUGGCAGCCAACAAUCUGCAUUUUGCAAUUUUUUUGCACUAUUCCAAUGCGUUAUAGACAUAAGUGUACUUGUAUAAUUUGUAAACUCAUUACCCUUUAUUGCCCGAUUGUGUGCUAUUUAUUGUUAACACAUAUAAUAGACAAUGCUUCCAUAAAUUCUAGACUUAAUCGGUUUGUCUAUGGUAUUUGAUUAACAACACAAAAAAGGUUUCAUUGUUGCUGGACCGUUUACAGACCGAUAUAGUUCAUGUAAUGUUACUUUAUGUAAAUUUUUACAUAACCAGUUAUGUUAUCGACCAAGCGUUAUAAUUAUAUAUUUGCCUACAAUCUGCGAAUUGUAAAGCUCUUGCUUGUUUUAGGGAAAGUAUAUGUUUGUCACUCUCGAUUUUACCUAAGUCUAGCUAAUCUAAGAACAUACAGACAGCAUAGUUAUGAAAACAAUUUCACCAAUUAUGCAAAUGGAAAACAGUGGUAAAUAUACCAAUAAUAAAAGUGAAAAAAAAAAAAAUGUGUGUGCGUGAAUUUGUUCUUUAAUUUCCCGCCAAAAUUUGAAAUAAGAAAGUUAUCUGUGAUAAUUUUUUUCUAAUUCGAAUACAACUAUGCUGCCUGUAUUGUCUCAGUUCAUAUUAUGUUUCAUAAUGUUAUUGCGUUUCCAAUUCUGAUAGGAGAUCAUUAGAUGUUAAUUAAAUUAAAAAUAAUUUAAGAAAUAUAUUAUUAUUUAAGAUUUGUCACUGGAUAAAGACAUUACAAUGAUUUAGAGUAGAAUUUUUGUGUUUCGUUUUUAAACGUAAUUUAUAUCUUGUCUAUUUAUCUAAAAUAAGUUAUUUUACUUUAUCUCCUAACAGAAUUGGGAAUGUUCGAUACUAUUCUUCUAUAUUUAUUUUUUCGUAAUUAAGUGUCAUUGCUCUGUAUUAAAAAAAAUCAAAUGUCAAUGUCAUGGCAUAAAAAAAUGAAUCUGUCACUGAUGUAGAUUAUAUAAAAUUUGUAUUUAAAAAAAUGGAAUACCAGCAAUGACAUAAGAUUACGAAUCGCGCUGUUCUAGAGGCUAAGCAAUAUUUCUCUCUUACGUACGUUACCAGUAAUUAUGCCAUAGAAAUUGUUGUAAUUCAUUCAAUAAAAUGUCAAUAAUGGA